AUGUCGCCCUCCAUCACAGCCAACGGCUCGGAGGAGAAGGUCGAGGGUGAUAGGGAUCGUCCUCCCCCUCAUCCUUCUCAGCCUCCGAAGCCAUCACCUCUUCCUCCUGCUCCUAUCGAGAAGAUCUUCCACGAGAAGCAACUUCGCCAGAUGUGCGCCCUGCACAGUCUGAACAACCUGUUCCAGCGGGCGGAUGCCUUCAGCAAGCAGGAGCUGGAUCGCAUAGCUAGCUCCCUGGCACCGAACUCUUCACUCUUCAACCCGCACAUGAGCCCCUUUGGCUUCGGCAACUACGACAUCAAUGUGGUGCAGAUGGCCCUGCAGGAGAAGAACUUUGAGGCGAUCUGGUUCAACAAGUCAAAAGACCCGAGCAUCCUCAAUCUGGAGGCCAUCUUCGGCUUCAUACUAAACAUUCCCAAUGAGAAUGACCUGUGGAAGAGCAUCGCCACGCUCUUCACCGCCUCCAAACGGCACUGGAUCACCCUGAAGGCCGUCAACUCGCUCUUCUACAACCUCGACUCGAAGCUGAAGGAGCCGGCGUUGAUCGGCACCGCCCACCACCUAGUCACCUACCUCCGACGCAGUCUGACGGCGGAGAACAACGUCGAGGUCUUUGUCAUCGUCAGCAAGGAAGUCGCCCAGGACGGCAGUUGGAUGCAGAAGCAGCAGUCGUCCACUUCUGAAACUGAAAACCAGAACACCUCUUCCUGA